AUGGAUGAGGUUCUGUUGGAGAGUUUGACAUUGAAAUUUAGUGAGUUGUUUAAGAACAUAUCGAGUCUGCAAGAAAAGAGAGAGACAGUCUAAGAUGAGAAUGAGCAUUUGAAACAAUUAAUUUAAGAGGAAGAAGAUUAAUUGGAAAUGAACUCAGGAGAGUCUUCUGAUGAUGAAUUUGCCUUCCAAGAAAUUGAACAAAAGUGUCGAUAGAAAUUAGAAGAGAAGAAGGAAUCUGAUAUGCAAAUAAAAGAAGAAAAUAAUUUGAAAAGUCAAUUAUACAUGCAUCUUGAAGCUAUUCAAAAUGAAAUCAUACAAAUGAGAAGCAGCAUUGAAUAGUCUAAAGAAUCAGAAGCUGAUUUAUAAUAAAGGAUUGAGGAAACCACCUAAAAAAUAGAUGAUUAUCAAAAUAAAAUACAAAGAGCUGAAUAAAUUAAACUUUAAGUUGAGAAACAAUUAUAGGAACAAAAUGAAAAGUAUUUAUAAGAUAGCGAAAAAGUUAAGGCUGUUUAGGCUGAAGUUAGAAAUCAACUCCAAGCCAAUGCAAUGGGAGACAAGAGACAAAAUGAAUUAGAAAAGAUAAUUUAGAAGCAGUGGGAAGAGCUAUAAAAAAGAGCAUAAAGAAUACAGGUGUUACAAAAUAAUAUGAGUAUCAUCUCAGGCAAAAUAUAAAAAUCACAAAAGAGCGAACACAUUUACUAGAAACUGAAAGAUGAAAACACAGUCCUUGCCUAAGAAAAUAUAUAAAUACGAGAAAAAUUGAAUUAGUUAAUUAGUGCAUUGCCAUAACAUAUGAAGAAGGGCAAUGUGAAGGGCAAAUAAAAGAGUAAGAAAGAGUUCUUGGACCUUUAUGAUGAAUCUAUUUGCUCCAAUCAAAUUAAGUUAAGGCAUUUAGAAUAAAUAAGGGAAGAACAUCAACAUAACAUUAACAGUUUACAUAAUGAAAUACUUCAAUUGGAAGAGAAAUAUAAUUAAAUGACUUAAAAUGUGAAAAAUCUUCAGGAAUAAUAUCUAGAAAUGGAAUCAUCUUGUAGAGAAUUCAAUGAAGAGGAGUACGUCAAGAAAAAUUGCCCAAAUUAUUACAAGGUUAAAAAGGGAAAAUGA